GUUUAAAACACAGAAGUUUCCAUCCUUUGACUGCAGGGCCCCCAACGGACACUACAGAGCAAGCACGAUGUACAACUACCGGCAGAAGCUCCAGGCGCUCCUCAUCCUCUUCUUCAUCGUCGUCGCGAUCGCCGCCGAUGCUGCGUGGAUCCCCUGGGCCACGGUCGUCAUCUUCCUCACGAUGAUCUUGGUCGUCGACAUGCUCUUCCUCGACGACAACCAGUUCAAGUUUGACCCCGACUACAAGAACUGGUCCCGCCAAAUCGACCCGAAAUACUAGUGCGACCUCCGAUAGCCUCUACGCUUCUCGACUAAUGCAUGAUCCUCCUUGCGUCGCGU